AUGUACAAGAUUAAAGAGAAGAAGUGGAUAACAGUGGAGACAGAGGGAUGUGCACCGUCGCCUCGGAUGGGCCACUUAAUGCUCUACCAGGCCUCUGAUCCACGUUCCGAAGCGAAUAGAGCGUCUGAUGUCUCCUCAUUCUUCGUGCAUGGUGGGAUGGCGGGAGAGAAAUUCUUCGACGACUUUUACCGUUUGGAGCUUCAUCGGGUAGGUAGUGGAUUCACCAAUCUCUCUUUUGUCUUUCCUGUCUAA